AUGGCCUGUAAUCUUGCCGUCUCCAAGCUCCUGGACAUGGCUGUGGACCUCAAAGACAAGUCACCUGAGGAGAAGCGGUCCAUGCUGGUCAAGUGUGCAGAGACCACACUGAAUUCAAAGCUGGUGGCAGAUUACAAGACCUUUUUUGCUGAGAUGUCCGUGGACGCCAUCUCCCUUCUUGGUGAUGACAUGUCCGUCUCAUCCGUCGGCAUCAAGAAGGUGACGGGAGGUUCAGUAACCGACACGCUGCUGGUGCCCGGUGUGUGCUUCAAGAAGUGCUUCUCCUAUGCUGGCUUCGAACAGCAGCCCAAGCGUUUCGAGAAUGCCAAGAUUCUGCUCCUGAAUCUUGAAUUGGAGCUGAAGGCCGAAAAGGACAACGCCGAGGUCAGGAUCAGUGACCCAGAUCAGUACCAAUCCAUCGUGGAUGCCGAAUGGAACAUCAUCUACGAGAAGCUGGACCUGAUCGCCAAGUCGGGCGCAAAUGUCGUUCUCAGCCGACUGGCCAUCGGGGAUCUCGCAACGCAGUACUUCGCAGACCGCAACAUCUUCUGCGCCGGGCGGGUGGAGGUGGAAGACCUGGAGCGAACUCGCCGGGCCACCGGUGCGGAGGUCCAGACCACAGCCCAGGGCAUCACUGAGAGCGUCCUCGGUUCUUGUGGACUCUUCGAGGAGAGGCAGAUGGGCGCCGAGCGCUUCAAUUUCUUCACGAAAUGCGAGAAGACCAAGACAGCGACGAUCCUGAUCCGAGGUGGCGCGCAGCAGUUCAUAGACGAAGCAGAACGGUCUUUGAACGACUCCUUGAUGAUCGUCAGAAGAGCCAUGAAGAACACAAAGGUCGUGGGAGGUGGUGGAGCCGUCGAGAUGGAGCUCAGCAGAUACCUCCGCGAGUAUGCGCGGACGAUUUCAGGCAAACAGCAGCUGGUCAUCAACUACUUCGCCCGAGCACUCGAGGUGAUCCCAAUGACUCUUGCGCAGAACAGCGGUGCAGAUGGCACCAAGAUGCUGAAGCUGGGCUUCUGA